AUGGAUUCUUUAAUAAGCAAAGACUCCAGUUCUAACCCCGAUCGGAUUCCCGCAAUGCGGCGAAGAGCCUGUAUUCCCUGCACCAGUUCAAAGCGCCGCUGCGACAUGACCCGCCCGUCCUGCGAGCGAUGCUUGGACAAACAGGUCGCAUGUCGAUAUUCGUCGGCUCGUCUCUAUGCUCGCCGAGGCAUUAAAUCGAAGCCCAGCGGAGUUACGGAGCCAGAGGCGUCCCUCAACUCUCCGUUCUCCGCCUUGUUCGAGAGUGGCGACGAUGAGUGUGAUGAAAGUUAUAACGGUGGAAACUACCAUAGGAGCGAUGGUGCCACCAAUUCUUCGGAUUCACCCGCUUGGUUUCUCCAAGCUGAGCACUGGGUCAUUCACUACCAUGAGGAUCGUCCAAGCCCGCCUCCCUACGUCCGCAGCUCAGCAGUACGGCAGUACAUUCUCUGUGUGAAGAAAUGGCUUCAACAGUGGGUUGAGUGCGGCCAUUGCCCCAUGAUACACAAAUCCCUGUUUGCCGACACGAAGCUGCCGCCAUGUCUUCAAGAUGCAUAUGCCGCUCUGGCAGUGUACAGUUUCAAGAACGACAAAAACGAGGAUGUCGUAAUGCAACACAUCGAGGACAAAGCCAAUUCACUCUUGGAAGAGCAUUCUGCCCAUCAAGACCUCCUCAUUGACCCAUUUGUUCCCUCAUGUUCACUCACAACUGUUCAACACCUCGCCAGGGUUCUCGCCUUGAUCAUAUACCAGUUCAUCCGCCUCUUUGACGGCAAUAUCCGUCAUCGAGCCCAGGCUGAAAAAUAUAUUCCCUUGUUAAAAUCAUGGACGUGUCAGCUGUGGAGCUCAGUCAACAUCGACGUUACCGUACAAAACACCUUCGGCGGCGAUUAUCUCAUCAGUCAAGAAAACGCUGAUGCAACCGUCAAGCUGUGGCGGACCUGGCUCCUGAUGGAGAGUGUGCGCCGCGCCUGGAAAGUGAGCGCCUAUAUGAGGUGCAUAUACUAUGUCUUCCGCGAUGGGACUGCGCCAUGUGAGGGCACCAUUGAUUUUACGGCUCGGCGGGGGCUGUGGGAUGCCACUUCUGCCCCAAUGUGGAGGCGUUUGCUUGAGCAAAAGGAUCCUUUGUUUGCUGUGCCGUUUGAAUCUGCUUGGCUGCUCGACGCCACGACCCCAAAGGAUAUUGAUGUCUUUGGGUUGGCUACUAUGAGUAUCUCGGUGGAUUCAGACAAGUUGGAUUCGUGGAUUGCGAAUUCUUCGGAUAUGCAUUUGGAAGGUUUAUUAAUGGCUACGUGA